GAUUAAGGGAACUGGAAGGAAGAAAGGCCUUGCGUUGUUCAUGAACACUAGUAGUAUUACUAGAUAUACAGACAAUGAUAGAUGGUGCUCAAUUGACUGACUGUGCCAAAUCAUGCAUGAAUAAUUACUGCACACGCCAGUCUCCUCCUGACUGCCUCUGCUUCUGGAGGGUUCUUGGCAAUAUACAAGCAAGCAAGCAAGCAGAGAGAGAGGUCACCAGCUUUUAGCUCGUCGUGACUUGUCUGCACUGCUGUCCGUCGGUUCGUCCCCACUCACCAGACCCAGGCCACCACCACCAAUACCCCACUCCAAUUACUAGCUCAGACCUCUUCCUCCAGGUCCAGGCUCCAGCUAGCUGCAAGCUCAUCCGUCUCUGUCGAUCAGCAAGAGGCCGGGGUCAGAGGAAUGGCGGCGACGUCGCGGCUGGCGCUGGCCCUCCUGCUGGCCGCCUUGGUGGCGGCGUGGCAGCUGCCGGCGGCGGCGGUGGCGGCCAACUACACGGUGGGCGACGAGAAGGGGUGGAACCCGGACGUGGACUACACGGCGUGGGUGAAGAAGCACAAGCCGUUCUACAAGGGAGACUGGCUCAUCUUCGAGUACCAGAACGGGCGGUCGGACGUGGUGCAGGUGGACGAGGUCGGCUACGACAACUGCGACAAGGCCAACGCGCUGAGCAGCUACAGCAAGGGCCACACCUACGCCUUCCAGCUCAAGGACGCCAAGGACUACUACUUCAUCUGCAGCUACGGCUACUGCUACAACGGCAUGAAGCUCCACGUCACAGCAAAGUCAUCAUCCUCAUCCUCCUCUUCCUCGUCCGGAUCUGACUCCUCCUCCUCCUCCUCUGACGACGACUCUUCCUCCCCCUCGCCGCCCGCCAAGAAGUCCAAGGCCAAGACCAGCGCCGCGCCGCCACCGUCACUCCUCGCUGCCACGCCCAUGGCUGCCGCCGCCGCCGCCGCCGCUGCUCUGCUCCUCAACAGGAUGCUCUGAUCUGGUCUGGUCUGGUCUGCUCUGCGUAUGUAGUCACGUCACGUGGCUCCAGAUCUUGCUUGGGCGCUGAUGAGCUACACUACACUACACUAGUUUUUUUCUUCUGCUUUUAGUUUUUUUCCCCCUCACCACUUGAGAUUGGGGAGGCAUCUUCUGCUUCUAGCUUGCUUGCUGCUUCUUGAAUUGCGUGACUGUUAUUGGUUGGUUCUUGCUUCCAUUAUUUUGCCUUUUUCUUUCUUUCUUUCUUGCUUCCAGCUUGUUGUUGAUGCAGUUUUUUUUUCAAGAGACAAGAUUAGUAUAAUGUCAAGUGUGAAUGAAGAGCUCUAUUUAUU